GGGCCUCGGCGAGGACCCUGGGCUGGGCGCCUCUGCCGGUUCGUCCACCCUUCCCCGCGGCCGCCUCCUUUCAACCUUGUCCGCCGGUUGGCGCGGUCUCCGUUAGAGCGGCGGCCGCUGCUGUGGUUAGCUGCGGCCCUCUCCCUCCGUCCCCGUCCCACCAGGUCCCGGAGUUGGCCCAGCCAUGGCUCUACUCACGGCGGCAGCCCGGCUGCUGGGAGCCAAGAAUUCAUCCUGCCUUGUUUUUGCUGUCCGGCAUGCCAGUUCUUCCACGAAUUUGAAAGAUGUACUGAGCAAUCUGAUACCUAAGGAGCAGGCCAGAAUUAAAGCCUUCAGACAGCAACAUGGGAAGACAGUGGUGGGCCAAAUCACUGUAGACAUGAUGUAUGGUGGCAUGAGAGGCAUGAAAGGACUUGUGUAUGAAACAUCAGUUCUUGAUCCUGAUGAGGGCAUCCGUUUCCGAGGCUAUAGUAUCCCUGAAUGCCAGAAACUGCUGCCUAAGGCUAAGGGUGGGGAAGAACCCCUACCUGAGGGCUUAUUUUGGCUGCUGGUAACUGGAAAGAUGCCAACAGAGGGACAGGUAUCUUGGCUCUCACAAGAAUGGGCAAAGAGGGCAGCUCUGCCUUCUCAUGUGGUCACCAUGCUGGACAACUUUCCGACUAAUCUGCACCCCAUGUCUCAGCUCAGUGCAGCCAUCACAGCCCUCAACAGUGAGAGUAACUUUGCCCGGGCAUAUGCAGAGGGGAUCAACCGAACCAAGUACUGGGAGUUGAUUUAUGAAGACUGUAUGGACCUGAUUGCGAAGCUACCUUGUGUUGCAGCAAAGAUCUACCGGAAUCUUUACCGGGAAGGCAGCAGCAUUGGGGCCAUUGACUCUAAGCUGGACUGGUCCCACAAUUUUACCAACAUGUUAGGCUAUACUGAUGCACAGUUCACUGAGCUUAUGCGUUUGUACCUCACCAUCCACAGUGACCAUGAGGGUGGUAAUGUAAGUGCCCACACAAGCCACCUGGUGGGCAGUGCCCUUUCAGACCCUUACCUAUCCUUCGCAGCAGCCAUGAAUGGGCUGGCAGGGCCUCUACAUGGACUAGCAAAUCAGGAAGUGCUGGUCUGGCUAACACAGCUACAGAAGGAAGUUGGCAAAGAUGUGUCAGACGAGAAGUUACGAGACUACAUCUGGAAUACACUCAAUUCAGGACGGGUUGUCCCAGGAUAUGGUCAUGCAGUACUAAGGAAGACUGACCCCCGAUAUUCCUGUCAGAGAGAGUUUGCUCUGAAACAUCUGCCUAAUGACCCCAUGUUUAAGCUGGUUGCUCAGCUCUACAAGAUUGUGCCCAAUAUCCUCUUAGAGCAGGGGAAGGCCAAGAACCCUUGGCCCAACGUAGAUGCUCACAGUGGGGUGCUGCUCCAGUACUAUGGCAUGACGGAGAUGAACUACUACACAGUCCUGUUUGGAGUGUCGAGGGCACUGGGUGUGCUGGCACAACUCAUCUGGAGCAGAGCCCUAGGCUUACCUCUAGAAAGGCCCAAGUCCAUGAGCACGGAUGGUCUGAUGAAGUUUGUGGACUCUAAGUCAGGGUAAAAUGGGAGAUUGGGGAAAAUGAAUAUAAGAAAAUGAGGAAGCUUACAAAUAAAGUAUAAUUUUGUUUUGUUUCAGGGGCCUUUAAGACUUAAGAUUAAACUGUAUCUGAGGCACUGAAAAUACAUUUGAAGUUAAAAUAUAAAUUAAGAGUUAAAAGAUGAAAAGCGACCCCUUCUUCCCUCACCAGCUCACUUCCCUACCUGGUAUGAGUUGUCCACCGACUAUAGGAUGACCAGGACUAAUGCAUGAGGUCAGGGUUAGAUCUGGCUACCCACCAUCUUUAGAGUGAGAGUCUGGCUCCUCUUCUUUAGGUCAAAGCAGGUUACAGAAAAGCUGCAGUCACCCUGUGAAGCUUUUGCUUCUACUCCACCAGCCCUCUAAACCACUGAGGCCAGGGCCAGGAUCCUUUUGUUACCAUAGGAAUCAUGUGGGAUAUCAGCUGUGUCCAAUCCUUGGGCCUUUUCCUGUGUAUGCAAGCAGCCUCCUAGCAGCAAGAUCUACUGGUUAGCGGGAAACACUUUGGCAACUUUUUAUGCUAUGGUCGGGUGACCAUAAACGGCAUGGUAUUUAUUGUUACUGGUACCCAGCAUUUGAUUCUAUUUCUCUUUUUAAAUUAUACCAUUAACGUUAAA